AUGUCAUCAAGCCAGCCGCAGACCAAUGGGGUCCCAGCCUCAUCGGCAGGAACUUCACAGACAGUACCAAACACACAAACUACCGCUACCUCGUCUAGCCAACCCGCUGUCACGGCCUCGCAGAAUGCACCCCCUCCCUCAGCGCAAUCAACGUCCGCGCCUCGUCCGCGCGACUCUCGUCUCAUCGAGCUGCUCCUUACAUCGCAAGGAGUUACCGCUUACGAGCCGCGCGUGCCUCUUCUCCUUCUCGAUUUCGCAUACCGCCAUACAUCUUCCGUCCUGAGCGAUGCUCUCCACCUCUCUGGCGACCCAUAUGUUACGCAGGCAGGCUCCAAACCAUCAGCGAACGCCGGCGCCAUCUCAGCACCAGCAGGCGACGCCGCGGUGACGGCCAACGCUGUCAAACUUGCCAUUGCAGCCCGACUUAGCUAUCAAUUGCGCGGAGGAAAUGCCGGUGGAGGUAUCAGCAAAGAAUACAUGCAGGAGCUUGCGCGCGAGCGGAACAAGGUGGCACUGCCAAAGAUUGUACCAAGUGAAUGGGGCGUACGACUACCAAGUGAACGGUUCGUGCUUAGUGGGACGAGCUGGGGUCUUAAGGACGUGUGGGAUGAGGAUGAUGAAGAUGAUGAAGAAGAGAUGGACCAAGGGGGCGAUGCCAUGGAGGGUAUCGAAGGCCCUGAACCAGAGGAUGUUGGCGGAGAUGGUGUGGAAGGUGGUACUGUUGAGGACAUGUUCGGUGAGGAUGUCGACGAAGAAAUGGCUGAAGAGGGUUAG